CUCCUCCUUCAGCCCUUCUGGCCAUUCGGCCAAGAGGCACGGUGGGGGCUGGGUUUCCCCUGAGACCAACGAGAUGAUGCCUCCAGAAGACCCAACCGCUCUGCUCCUCAGGGUUGCUUCAAGCACCUUUGGACGGACGGCCAAAGGUUGGACCUUCCCAGAGCUAAAAGUAAUUCCUUGAAUUGCUUCUGGAAAAGCCAAGCAGAUCCCUUUGAGAGGUGACCCUCGCACAGCGCUUCCUUUUCUGGAGAUGUCCUCUCUGAACAAAUCAUGGCCAUCGAUCAACUCUUCAUUAUGGAUUGACUCAUUUUUGACAGUCCUUGUGCCAGACCCUUUGCGGGGGGAGCCCCAGAAGGGGAAUGUCCAAGAGAAGGACCUUCCUGGCCUUUGGGCUACGUGGUGCCGUAGCUGAAGCAGAGAUGUCUAUUCUUUGAAUUUCAGGAUCUUGAGUCUUAGAAAAGCCACGUUAAAAACUCUGGGUUUUUUGGGGGAAUAUAGAACUUUGGAAGGUCUCAAGGUCUCAAAGCUGGCAAGGGUCUCGGCACUGAAAGUUGAUGACACUGCUGUCCAAGAGCCCCUAACAAGGGCAGGGUCUUUGAAACCUGGAGGAGGGAUGUGCAGAACGUGGCCUCCCCCCACCCAACUUUUUCUGAAAGAAGCAGACCCUCAACCACAAACCUGUCACAAGUCUUUGAGAUCUGACAGCGGGGCCUUUGGCUGGCUCUACAGGGUUGAGAGCCAGCUCUGCGAUUCCAUUCCCAUGCCUUAAUUUCCUUCUGCGGCUCCAGUUAGAUAUGGCUUUCCUUGCUUCCUCGGCUGGGAAGGAGGUCCUGUGAGUUCUCCAAACGGUUGAGGGACAAGAGGGGGCUCUGUUCAUCUCCACAUGAGUCUGAAAUGGAUUGAGAGAAACAAAACCAGUACAUUAUUCUAGUCUGUUCUGAACUCAUUGGCUGCUCCUUAGACGUGUGAGUAUUUCAGACUUUAGGUGCCCUGUUUUCCCUUCUCUCCUUCCUGAAUGUUUUCAUAGGUAAACAUUUAUGGGAGAAGGAAAACCAGCUUUGGGUGGGUGUCUCAACUUCUCCUCCCACACCAGCAUUUAAAAUGAAGAUGGUCCAUGACUAAACUUUUGGUUGGACAGUAGUCAGUUCUGAACGAUUCAUGACCCAGAUUUCGCCCCUGUGCCCUUCUGGAUAUACCAGGACAACUGCCAUCAUCCUUGCCAGUGCAUUGAGCUCAGGAGACCCAGGAAGGCUUUUAUUUUCCAUGGAAAAGUCUCCUAGGAUAGUUGGUUUCCAAGCUGUCUCGUUUCCCUCUGUCUGCUUCUCAAACGCUGCCCACUGAAAUUGGACCCUAACCAGAUUCCCCAGAGGUGGUCUUACUCUCCCAGGACCACAUGCAAGUCCUGAGGUGGGCGGUGAGGAAUGCCGGCCCUUCGUCCCUCAGGCUGACCCCUUUGACUCUCCCAAGGACAGCCCAGAGGAUCUGUCCUGCUAAGGAAGCAAAGCAGCUUCACGGAGCUGGUGAGCGAGCAAAGGCUGUGGGAGGGGCGGGAUCUCACGAGCAUCGCUCGGUCCCCCUUUCCUUUUGAAAGCCCUCUUUCAUCAGGAUGGACGAGGGCAGGUCCUUGCGCUUGUUUGGGGCCAAGAAGAUAUCGUGGGGGGGGGAGGUUUAGGGCUCCAUAAAAAGUCCUCCAUUCCCGAGUGACGUGGAGAGUCCUCCCUCCUCCGCCCAGAAGGAUCGGUUGGCUUUUUCAUUCCCACCAAGGAAUGUCGAGAAGCUCAGCACAAUGACUUGAAGACUUGGUUAUGAACCUUUCUGACUUUGCUACCUUCUGCCUGUCCUUUGGGGCCGCAAAAUGUUUCGGCUGCUUAAAGAAGCCCCAUCCCAAGCCCUUAAGCGAGAGCUUUUUUAUGGUCAAAGGAGCUGCGUUAUUCCUGCAGCAAGGAAACAGUCCGCAAGGGCCGCCCCGGAGUCUCCUGCAUCCUCACAAACAUGCAGGAGAUUUGCCGCAGCACCUUCAGGUGAUGAUCAACCUCCUUCGCUGUGAGGACAGAAUCAAGUUGGCCGUGCGCUUAGAAAGUGCCUGGAGCGAUCGUGUGAGGUACAUGGUGGUGGUCUACAGCACUGGGCGCCAAGACACCGAGGAGAACAUUCUCCUGGGCGUGGACUUUUCCAGCAAGGAGAGCCAGAGUUGUACCAUCGGGAUGGUGUUGCGUCUGUGGAGCGAUACGAAGAUCCACCUGGAUGGAGACGGCGGGUUCAGCGUCAGCACGGCGGGCAAGACACAUAUCUUCAAACCCGUCUCGGUACAAGCCAUGUGGUCUGCCUUGCAGAUCCUCCACAAGGCUUGCGAGAUGGCUCGGAGGCACAACUACUUCCCGGGUGGGAUGGCGCUCGUCUGGGCCACCUACUACGAGAGCUGCAUCGCCUCCGAGCAGAGUUGCCUCAACGAGUGGAACGCCAUGCAGGACCUGGAGUCUCCACGCCCCGACUCGCCUGCCCUCUACAUGGACAAGCCAACCGAGCGGGAGAGAGCAGAACGGCUGAUCAAGGCCCAACUCCGGAGCAUCAUGAUGAGCAAAGAUCUGGAGAACGUGACUUCCAAAGAAAUCCGGAACCAGCUGGAGAAGCAGAUGAGCUGCAAUUUGAAAGAAUUCAAGGAAUUCAUCGACAAUGAGAUGCUGCUCAUCCUGGGUCAGAUGGACAAGCCCUCCCUCAUCUUCGACCACCUCUACCUGGGGUCUGAAUGGAACGCCUCGAACCUGGAGGAACUUCGGGGCUCAGGCGUGGACUACAUUUUAAACGUCACCAGGGAGAUCGACAACUUCUUCCCGGGGCUGUUUGCCUACCACAACAUCCGCGUCUAUGACGAAGAAACGACCGACCUUCUCGCCCACUGGAACGAGGCUUAUCAUUUCAUCAACAAAGCCAGGAAGAACCACUCCAAGUGCCUGGUUCACUGCAAGAUGGGCGUGAGCCGCUCCGCCUCCACGGUCAUUGCCUACGCCAUGAAGGAGUUUGGGUGGUCCCUGGAGAAAGCCUACAAUUACGUCAAGCAGAAGCGCAGCAUCGCUCGGCCCAACGCCGGGUUCAUGAGGCAGCUGCUGGAAUAUCAGGGUAUCCUGGAUGCCAGCAAACAGCGCCACAACAAGCUCUGGAAACAGCAGGCGGGAGGCGGAUUCUCCCCCAGUUCGGAAAGCUCCGCCGGACCCAAUGAUUUCCUGCUUGGCAGCCUGGAGGACGCGGACCUGGGGCCUCCCGGCCCGCCUCUCUGUGCAGACCGCCGAACGGCCCUGGAGUUGGUGGGCCUCCACUACUGCUUGCGGCGCCUCUCCGACUCCUUGCCAGGCCCCCGGGAGCUGUGUCUGCAGGUGGAAGACCUGGAGGCAGACUCAAGUCUGGAGGAGGACCUGCUGGGGCAGCUGCAGGCAGGAAAGCCGGAGGUCAAGGGGCGGGCCCAGCCGUCCAGCGCUGCAGACCUCGAGAGCCACCCGAAGCCUGAGGCCAGCCAGCCGAAGGAGGAGACGGUUCCUCGGCUGCAGGUCUCCGAGGAGGAGAAGCCCCUUGAACGAUGGAAGCGGCGGUCGCUGGACGAGGAGGGCAGGCACAACUGCCAGAACCUGAAUAACAACAACAGUAAGAGGAGCUGCCCGGAUGACUUUGAACAUGAAGCCCUGUUUGGGAUCCUCCACAAAGUCAAGCCCCACUACAAGUCUUGCACCGACUGCAUGUAUCCCUUGGGGGGGUCCCCUCCUGAAGCCUUCAGGGACUCCCCGGAAAUCCUGCCGGUGGAAGCCCCCGGCCACCAUGCCACCGUCUGCACCCAGCCCCCCUUCCCAACGUUUCUGGAGCAGGCCUUCUGCAAGGCGCCUCUGAAGGAAUCCCAGGGGCUGAGAGCCAAUAGUUUGCUCCCGAUGGUUGUGGGAAACGAGGCCCAGGACAUCAGUCCCGAUCGGCCAGCUUCAGGCUGGCCCUGUGGCCCUUCUGAAAAGCCCAGGGAGGCCCCUAAAACCCCAGGAGGUGCCUCGCUUGGCUCAAGAUAUUCUCUCUGUGAGAGAAGUCCGGUCUUCAAGCACGAUCCUUUUCCAAGAAAAGAUGCUAGGCAGACAAAGGACUUGAAAUACUUGCUCUUCAGCAAAGAUCUGGAGAAGCCAACCACAAACAGCUAUCUGAUGCAGCACCAGGAGUCUCUUCUUCAGCUCCAGAAAGCUGGUUUAGUCCGCAAGCACACAAAGGAACUGGAGCGCCUCAAGGCCCCACCAUCCGACCCAGCCGGGCAGGGCAAGGAGUGUUCCGGAACCCCAACUGAUGUGGCGACUAUCUUGGAAGAGGAGCCCCAGGAGAUGGUCGUUGUUGAGGGUCAGCUGCAGCCCUCCUCUCAAGAUGUCUCGGAGAAGCUCCUGAAGACCCUUCUUGCUGCUGAAGCCUCCCAGAAGACCUCCACACCUGUCUCCUCCAAGGCGGACCACAUGAGCACCUUCACAAAAGACUUCCUGAAGACCAUCUCCUACACCCCGUCAUCUUCGAGGAGCUCCAACCUAACACGGAGUUCCAGCAGCGACAGCAUCCACAGCGUCCAUGGGAAGCCCGGGCUGGUGAAACAGCGGACGCAGGAGAUUGAAACCCGGCUGCGGCUGGCCGGCCUGACCGUCUCCUCUCCGCUGAAGCGCUCCAACUCUCUUGCCAAGCUGGGCAGCCUCGACCUGGCCUCCGAGGACCUGGCGGGAGAGGUGGACCUGUCGCCCUUGACCCAUCUGAGGGAGGCCACGCCAAGCGAGCCUCCAGCCCUUUGCAACCUCCUCUCCUGGAAGAACACGGAAGACGGACUCCAACCCUCGGCAAAACCGACCCUGGGGAAGCUGAAGCACACACCCCGGAUGGGAAAAAGCUGACACCUUUGCGGUGUUGUUAUUUUAAUGGUUACUUUUAGUUUUGUCUGUACUAAAUGCAAUUUUAUCUUGUUCAGAAAAGAAGAGAGAGUUGCCUCCCACUUCUCAGGUGGCCCUUCAAGCACAGCGGCCACAGAGCAGGGACAUCUGAGAAGAGGACCAGCCCAAGGAGAAGGUGCAGGGCUCUUGGGCCUCUCUCACGGCCUCUUCUGGACUUUUAUCGGGCAGCGCCAUCCUUCCUUACAUGCCAAAAAAUGUCAAAAGAAGCCAGAGAUUUGCUUUGAAGGUCAAGCCAAGUGUUGCUCUUCCUCCUUUAAGAGUCCCUCGUGCAAGGACCCAAAGGGGACACAAAUGCUACCUCCGAUUUUCAGAUCUACGUAGAUAGAUAGACAGACCGGCACCUCUGCGUGUGUACGUAGUUUAAGAUUUUUCAAACCCUUCCCCUGAAAGGGUUUUUUUUUUCUAAGGAAAAAAUAGUCCCUAGGUCAAUAGGAUGAUUGCCCUGGCCCCGUGGCUCACUCAACGCACCUGGAAUGCCAGAGGAUUUCCAGCAGAAAGCAUUUUUGCUAGCCAUCGCUGGACUGAAUAUGCCGGCCAGUGUCCUCAUCUGAACUGACCAGUGGCUGGCAAGGUGGUUGUUUUCCCUCCAAACUUGAUAGUUUUGUUUGGGGGUGUUGGGUGGGACCCCCCUGAAUCUCCCUCCCUUCUGCUGUACCUGUUACAUGUAGGAGAUGUUUACUGUUUCUCCCGAUCCUGUUGAAAACUGUAAAUCUCAUUGUAGCGUUACCUAGUGAGGUACGACAGGUAAUGUGUGUUUCCUGGGGCAUUAAACGCUUUUGUUGAUAAA